AUGGUAGUGACCCCCCAGACGUAUGGGUCUAUGAAUAGUAGUGACCCCCAGACCUAUGGGUCUAUAAAUGGUAGUGACCCCCAGACCUAUGGGUCUAUAAAUGGUAGUGACCCCCAGUCCUAUGGGUCUAUAAAUGGUAGUGACCCCCAGACCUAUGGGUCUAUAAAUAGUAGUGACCCCCAGACCUAUGGAUCUAUGAAUAGUAGUGACCCCCAGACCUAUGGGUCUAUAAAUGGUAGUGACCCCCAGACCUAUGGGUCUAUGAAUAGUAGUGACCCCCAGACCUAUGGGUCUAUAAAUGGUAGUGACCCCCAGACCUAUGGGUCUAUAAAUGGUAGUGACCCCCAGACCUAUGGGUCUAUAAAUGGUAAUGACCCCCAGUCCUAUGGGUCUAUAAAUGGUAGUGACCCCCAGACCUAUGGGUCUAUAAAUGGUAGUGACCCCCAGACCUAUGGGUCUAUAAAUGGUAGUGACCCCCAGUCCUAUGGGUCUAUGAAUAGUAGUGACCCCCAGACCUAUGGGUCUAUGAAUAGUAGUGACCCCCAGAUUUAUGGGUCUAUGAAUAGUAGUGACCCCCAGACCUAUGGGUCUAUGAAUAGUAGUGACCCCCCAGACCUAUGGGUCUAUGAAUAG